CUCUUCCCUCUCUCCCUUUCCCUUUCCCUUUCCUCCCCCUUCCUUCUCUCACCCCUCCCCCCUCUCCUCCUCUCCUCCCUCCUCCCCCUCUCCUCCUUCUCCCCCUUCCCACCUCCCCAGGCUCUGCUGCAGGCGGUCAACAAUGCCAGUGGCAGGGAGGACAUCAUUGAGCCUGCGGUGUGUGCACUGAGACACAUCACCAGCCGUCACCCGAGUGCCGACAUGGCCCAGAACACUGUGCGACAGGUUGGGGGAAUCCCCGUCAUUUCGGCCUUCCUUCACCAGCAGUGCCGCUGGCCUCUCCUCAAGGGCCUGGUAGGUCUGAUCCGUAACCUGGCCCUCUGUCCAGAGAACCACUUCCACCUGAGACAGCAGGCCGUCAUCCCCAAGCUCUGGAACAUUCUGACACGGGCCUACACCAACUCCAGCAAACGCGGGGUCCCCGGAGGUCCACAGGGACUCAUUGAUGGUGUGUACAUGGACGAGGUGGUGGAGGUGAGUGUGGGAGCUCUCCACCUCCUGGCCAGGUCUCCCGAGAACAGACACACCAUGAGGAAACUCAACACCGUCAAACUAUUUGUCCAGCUUCUCUAUUCCAGCAAUGAGAAUGUGACGCGUGUGGCAGCAGGGGUCCUCUGUGAGCUGGCCCAGGACAUUGAGGGGGCAGCUCUCAUUGAGCAGGAGAAUGCCUCGGCCCCGCUCAGGGAGCUUCUCAACUCCAGGAAUGAGGCUGUCGCGGCGUACUCGGCAGCGGUGUUGUUUUGUCUCUCAGAGGAGGCCAACCAUCCUCACCCCUCCACCAUCUCUCACCUCCCACAUCCCAACAUGCCAAUGGACCCCCAAGCUGCGUUCCUGGGUGCAGAGGAUGGGAUGAGCCACGGGCCCAUGAUUUCACACAUCUCCCACAACUACUUCUCUGCCCCUGGAUCCAACUCCAACACGGGGUACAACACCCCACACCACCCCGUGGCCCAGUCGGGGUACAACACUCCACACGGAGCACUGGGAUACUCUCACCCUAGCACAGGCUACAACACUCCCCACAGUGGUAUCGCCUCGGGGGUCAUGACCCCUGCCGACCUUGACCUCCCUCUCGACCUCGAGGCUUUUGACGACUUCCCGGGUGGGAGUGGCUUCCAGGAACUGCCUCCUAUGGGUUCCUCCCAGCCUCCCCCCGUCACUGCCAUUCCUCCCACCAUCACCACGUCACAGCAGCCCCAGCAGCACACCCAUCACUAUCCUCCCCAGCCUCCCAUCCAGCCACAGCAGAUGGUCAACCUACAGCAAGGCUAUGGCUCCAACCAGAGCUACAACCCUCCCUCUCCUGCUGUCAUGGACACCUCAGCUCCCGGUGGACCCUGGUUCGACCCUGACGUCUGAGACAAACGUACACAAGAAUAAUAUUUUUGAACUGUCGUAAUAAUAUUGUGUCACCAGCAGAUACAUAAUUUCCACGGGGUUCACAUGCCUCAUAACUCCUCAGAGACUAUCAUGUUGUAUGCCUAAAUGAGCAACACUCUUCUACACUGUGUCCAUUGUCGAUUAUUGGUUUUGCAACUGCUCCGUUUCAUGCACACGUACGUUGUAUGUGUGUGUGAUGUGAACUACAGUAUUGCACAUUCCUGUGUGUAAGUGCAUGUGUGUAGGUGGUGAGUCGUUGAUGCUGUGUAUGCGGUGUGAACACACAGUCAUGUACAUGAACUGUUUCAACCCCGACAUCUGAGAAAAAAACUCGAAGAAAAUAUUUGUGCAAUGUUGUGUUGCCAGCGGAUACACAAUUUAUACGGAGUUCAAAUGCCUCAAAGCUCUAUAUUAUAUAAUUAUACUGAGUUCAAAUGCGUCAAAGCUCAUGCGCAUGCGCAUUAAUGUAAAUUCCUUUCCAACAUGCAUUUUUAACCCUCGGUG